AUGGGUCUCAGAAACUGCUUUACAACAUUGUAAGUAUUUUUGUAAUGUACAAGUUUAAAUGAACCACAUUUAAGACGAUAUCGGUAAAUGCUUUAUCAGACUGGUUUGAUGCCUGUAUGAUAACCAUUCUCUUCACAGUGUUCACAGUGUUUUGGUCGGAUGCUGGCAUGCAGUAUCUUCGGCAGCCAUCUGGAGAAAUCUUACCUCUGUCGACCAUUUUUCAAGUACUGACGUAUUGAAAAUCAUUCCCUUAAGUUUCAAUGUCCUCCAUUUUAAGAUUUCACUUUCAUUGUAGUUACUGGGUGUCGAGACCUUUUCUUUGUCGAAGACCUUGCGCGAGAGCAUUUGCAGUGCUUUAUUCAGCACAGGAAGCCGGAGAGUUUAGGCCGGUGAACAGCGUUUCUCCGUCUUCGUCGGUCAUUUUGCUGCGAAGUCAUGGCGAACUUUUCUGAUAGUGACGCCUACAGGAGUUGGGGCGUGGAGGAAAUCCGGGCAUACUCAGCCAGCAAAAGGUGGGACCAGAUCAACGCAUCGAUUGCGCUGCUGACGAUCAAGUGUGUGGCACCUGUCGGUCUGGUGACGAACCUGACGUUCCUGUACGUCGUGGCCCGCGUCAAGUCCAUGCGCUCGAUCGUCAACAUCUACUUGACCAACCUGGCUGUAGUGGACACUGCCUUCCACGCAAUGACGCUGGUGGUGCUUACUGACCACUGGGAAGUCACUCCCGUGGAAUCGGCCACCUUCGCUCACCUCAUCGGGUCCUACUGCUUCGUGACGGCCUUGGCGUUCGAGCGCUUCUCCGCCGUGCGCCACCCGCUGACGUAUCGAACCACGGCCACCAAGGGCCGUGCCAUUUUGAUAUCGGCUGCACUGUGGCUGGUGACAAUAUUUACUGGAAUCGGGUACGGCGUAACGAUAGAGAUGGAUUUACCACUACUGCCACUUCUAUUUACUACUGUCUUUACCCCGCCUGUUGUGUUAAUCAACGUUAUUCUCUUUGUGGGUAUUAUUAGGAAAAUGCAUAAUAAGGACACGAGCGGCAGCACAGCUCCUCCGCGGCAUUGUCGGCGAGAAAUAAGGGUAACCUUUGUCCUCUUCUUGAACCACACUGUUUUUUUCUCCUCAAGCAUACUGAUAAUUAUUCAGAACAUUUACAGUUUGGUGCUAAAUCUGUCUGAUACGUCCUGGUUGGAUUACUUCAAGGUCCAGGCAUCUAUUGCCUCCAUUCAAAUGGCAUGUUACAUACUGGUCAGCAUCAACAGCGCCAUUAACCCCUUGGUGUACAGCUGGGUGAGUGCCGACUUCCGAAGCGCCUGCUCAGCGGCGUUCUGCUGCCAGGGUCUGGCGCGUCCGUGCGGCGAACACAGACACCGCCGGUCCAGGACCGUGGAGCACAUUGAAAUGGACAUCAUUCGCAACAAACAAAACCAGCCCAGACAGUGAUUACAGGAGUCAGCAUCGAGAGGGCUGGAGCUGCCGUUUGCUACAACGGUGAGGCGAUGAGCUGGAAAGAAAAACCGAGCCAUUCGAAAAAGAACGAAGCAUCGAACAGAUCCGAGAUCAAACACGGCAGUACCCAAGGAUGUAUCGCUAUUGUCUCAUCACCUAAUAACGGAAGAAGGCCAAGGGCCGGAUUGAGCAUUUCGUAGGGCCCUACUAUGCUAAGCCUACCGUCACAAGUACUGCGGCGACGGUGAAGACUGAUGGAACCUUACAUUUCAUGUUGAUGCAAGCUGUACGGAACUAUUUAGAAGCAGUGGCAUAACCGGGGGAGGGGGGCACGUGCCCCCAACGAAUGCCCUUUCCCGCGGGCGCCCCCCCCCCAUUUGAAAUCCACUGCACCUCAGGACAUAAUAGCCCUAGUUACGAGACCAUAGUUUGAAGCUUUACGAAAAUCGAAAUUUCAGAAAACUGUUAGCAACUUCUCUUAUGGCUGCGAAGUGUGUGCUUUUCUGGCAUACUCAGUAUUUUCAAGGGCCCUUAAUCUUUUAGUGAGGCCCCUAAUUUAUGCCUUUAUGCAAAAGUUUCACCAAGCACGGACGCUGGUCGGGUCGAAUACAGAUAGAGGAAUACAACUCACACCACUGUUGCAGCUUGUGCACGGCCGAAACCCACAUUCGUCGGGGGGGGGAGCCUCAGGCCGAAGUCCACCCCUAAAGUAACUCAGGAUGCUCAAGCCUUCCCCUGGGCCACAGAGGACUGGAGUGUACUGUGCGGCCGUAUCACAGCUAGUAGUCUAGAUGUUGUGUAUAUUGUUCUUUCAUUUUCAGAAAAAAUUAAAACCACCCAUGGGUGCGCCACUGUUUCAAAAACCUUUGAUCCGACCCAAAGAGAGAUCUGGGGGAGUGGGGAACAGGGCUUAGAAUGUUCUCUGUGGAAGAUCCUUCUAAAUGUUCCCGACCGCCAUUUGACAAUUUUUCAAAGCUUGGCUACUUCUGGCUCCAGUGCCACUACAGAUCUGAAAGCUGGGCCUGAGCAGGCCUAAAAUGCUUGGACCAAACGAACUGAAACGGUCUUCUGUGGUUCAUAUACCCUCUGAUGUUCACAAAGUGAAAUAAAAUCACAACUGAAAAAGUCCGCGCACUGUUACAGUAACUGAACACAAGCACUUUGCAUGAGGUGCGAGCAGGAAACUAGCUGGCACAUCUGGAAUUGUCAUAGCGCACGAUUUUUUGCAGCCGUGCACCAGUACCAGAUCUGCUCA